UUCUCAAGAGAUUCAUUUUGACUGGUGGUGAAUUUUGGGGGGUGAAAGUUUAGGUGUUAACAGUUUUACGGGAGCGAGUUAAACACCCCGGCUUCUUAGCUUGAACGCUCGACUCGCCACAGCAGCCCUCGCGCUCCAUCCCUGCCGGAGUGAUGGACGCCCGCAGCUUCUUGGCUGUUGUACUUCUGUGCGUCGCAGUGGCGGACGGGAAGCCCACGCUCAGAAAAGAACGAGUCAUCCACGAGUCUGACCUGAACAAGCGAACCCCGGAAGACAACAAGAGCUUCCAGUACGACCACGAAGCCUUCCUGGGCAAGGAGGACGCCAAAACAUUCGACCAGCUCACCCCCGAGGAGAGCAAGGACAGGCUCGGUAAAAUUGUGAGUCGGAUAGACAGCAACGGCGAUGGAUACGUCAACAUGGCCGAACUGAAGGCCUGGAUCAAACGAGUGCAGAAGCGCUACGUGUACGAGAACGUUGCCAAAGUGUGGACGGACUAUGACCUGAACAAGGACAAUAAGAUCUCCUGGGACGAGUAUAAGCAAGCCACCUAUGGAUACUACCUCGCCAAUCCCGAGGAGUUUGAUGAGACCACGGACCAGUUCAGCUUUAAGAAGAUGCUCCCGCGCGACGAGCGGCGGUUCAAACGGGCCGACCUGAACGGGGACCAGGCAGCAGACCGGGAGGAGUUCACCUCCUUCCUCCAUCCUGAGGAGUUCGAACACAUGAAGGACAUCGUGGUUUUGGAAACCAUGGAGGACAUUGACAAGAACAGUGACGGACAUGUGGACGAGGACGAGUACAUCGCUGAUAUGUUUGCACAUGAAGACGGCGGUCCGGAACCAGACUGGGUCAAGACCGAGAGGGAGCAGUUCUCUGACUUCAGAGACAUGAACAAAGACGGUAAAAUGGACCUGGAGGAGAUCCGCCACUGGAUCAUGCCCCAAGACUACGACCACGCCCAGGCAGAGGCCAGGCAUCUGGUCUACGAGUCGGACCAGGACAAGGACGAGAUGUUGACCAAGGAAGAGAUCCUGGAGAACUGGAACAUGUUCGUGGGCAGUCAGGCCACCAACUACGGAGAGGACCUCACCAGGAACCACGACGAGCUCUGAGCUCCGUGUCGCUGACUCCUCUGUAUGUUUUGAGAAGGACGGCUGUCGUCCACAGUGAUGGACUCCUCGCCAUCAGAGGUGGAGUGAGACUUCCACUGACAGCAGAAGGCCAUCCUGGCGUUCGCAUUUCUGACAUUCAGAAGCACUGUGACACUCCGGUCACAGUGCCGUCGAGUCACUGCCUCUGGUCUGUGUCGAUACCUAAAACACAACAUGUUGAUGCUAAUGUGAAACAACAACUCAUAACAGUUAUUUAUUUCAGUCUUUUGUUUUUAUCCCUGAUCUGUGUGAGCCCACAGGAAGUUUUAUUUUCCUUGACCGACGCUACACACCUUUGUUUACAGUUUUCCUCUUCAUUUUCAAGACGUUUCAGAAUCAAACACUCAUGUUUUACGGGCAUGACUUCUGCACGUGUUUGGUUUUAGUUAAGCCUGUGAAAGAGUUUCUUUUAUAUGUUGGAGAUGUAUUUAUUGGUCACAGACAGCGUCAUGUUGUUAACUUCUAGUCAUCUGUUUUAUCUCUGUCUCCAAGCCUCAAUUGUCUUCAAUCUGUAGAUGAGCAUCUAACAAGCCUCUUAAUCUACACUGAACAUGCUCAUCUCCUGUGUCACAUAAACAGUGAAGAAUACAGGAUGUGCGUUUUUAUUUUAACUAUGUCAUUCGAUACGAUGCGAUAUGAUGCUCAUUUCAAUUUACAUGAGCAACAUAUCGAUUUUAUUAAUAUAUAUAUAUGUUAAAUGUAUACCAUACAUUCCAGACUAUAGAGCGCACCUGAAUUAAAGAAAAAAAAAGUAGAUCUAGUAGUUUUGAAAACAGGGUCCAGCAUGGGGACUGCCUAGUGAAACAAACUGGGCAAUGUUCUGAACUUGAUUCAUAACUCCUCACAUCUUUUAUUCACAGUAAAGCGCUCAAAAUGCGCUGUUUUCUCACCGGUCUCAGCUGCUGCUUCUCCUCUCCGGUCCUCCAGGAGAUCGGCUCUGUGGGCAGAGCUGUGGACACGCAGGCGAAAACGGUUUAAGCUCAAUAAAACGGCUUUGUUCUCAUUGGUUUGAUGUGACGAGGCUCAAUAUUUCGGCAGCGUGACGCUCUGUAGCCUGUAAAAAUCCAUAUAUUAGCCGCGUGGUUUUAUAAGCCACAGGGUUGAGACCGUGAGAAAAAAGCGGCUUAUAGUCUGGACAUUACGGUGUAUCUAAAGAUUUAAAACUGACAUAA